AUGGUAUUAUCCAACUUUCACACCUUCCACACCUUCCAUACAAAAGUAGAUCUUACAUAGUAUUAUUCUUCCCCAGCAGAUCAUCUUAAGUGAGCACGUGUGAUUGACACAUAAAUAUUGGUAGGGCUUACUGAUCUGCUACACUAGUUGUCGCAGCAGGUAAGCUAAGCUGAUGAAAUUACUAGGAUCACGUAGUCUUACCCAAUCCUCAUUAACCCUCAUCAGCCUACCCUUGUGGGAAAUCCUUGAGCUGACAAGAAACGAGUUUAGCCCGCGAACAACCCCAUGAUAAUGGGUGGUAAGAAACAAUAUCGCUCACGCCACCUCCACCAUCUUCUCUACCCAAAACAGACUCGUUUAUUUGUUUCCUGUACGUUUGGAUACCAGGGUCAUAGCGAAUUAGAACAUCGGAUUUUCUCUUCAACUCUUAUAUAAUGUAACCUGAUUGGGUAAGGCUAAGACGCGAAGGAGCGCUUCUCGUAGCCUUGCCGUUGGGGAUUAUCUAUCCUAGGUUGUUGGGUCGGAAACAAUUACCUACCUAUGCCCUCGCGAAAAUUUGGGCUGAGAUGACUUGAUCAGCCAUUUCCAUAGGGCGCCCGGAAGCGUCUUACACAACCCUCAAGUACCUCAAGUACAGGCCAACUACCUAUAGACGGGGAGACGACUGUUCUUUUCACUUCUCGCCCUCCCAUAGAAUGGCAUCGAGUACAUAAUAGGGUAUUAAAAUGAAUAAAUCUGGAGCUGCGCUCCUAUUGCUGUGGUCGCUUUGGUCGAUGGUGGGAGCAGGACUCGGCGAUGCCACGACUAAUACAGAGACGCUCAACAGGAGAGAGCAGGAGGACCGAUUAGAGAGGCUGAUGAGAUCGGAAUGGUCUAUAAUACAGAAUGAUGAAAAUGGCAAAGAUCGAAGAAGACAAUACCAACCGGCAUUGCUUACCCCGACUACAGUGGCCCUUUCUCUGCCGACAGCAACCGCAUUAGGAGACCGCCACCUCCAACAUCGCCAGGUCGGUGGGAAUGAUGAUAAGAGUAAAGAGGGCGAUGAUGAUGAUGACAAAACUCCCAAGUCACCUGCCGACGUUGUAAGCAGUCUCAUAUCCAGCAGGGUGUCAACCAGCGUAUCGAGCAGCGUGGCAGCCAGCGUUUCUGCUGCUUUUUCGACAUCGCUUGCGCAAGUCUCAGAAUCGGCAUCCAGUGCCAUCUCAUCCGCGCGUGAGGCAGCGCGCACUCUAGGACCGAUAUCACCCGCAACAGAGGCUGGUACACCAGUGACAACUGAUGUCCUCGUUACUUCGUCGCAAGCGGCUAGUAUCUCUAUCGAUGAAUUACCAGCAGUGGCCGCUACGACGGCGGGUGUCGCGAAUUCCCAAGAGAGCGCUGCUACGGCCAGCGGAAGUAACGCCCCAACCCAAGGCUCAUCACUCACCCCAGGAGCCAUCGCGGGCCUAGUCAUAGGAAUCGCAAUCGCAUCAUCAUUGCUCUCAGCUGUACUCACAUAUCUCUUCAUGCGCCGGCGCGCGAGACAACAACAAGAGCCUCAAACCAAAUUCGAACCCAGCUCACUACCACCACCACAACUCAGCCCUAACUCUGGGAGCCGCGGAUUUAUGAAUCACUCUCACUCCCACUCACUCUCUAACGACCUCUCGAUCUUCCAGAUGACAUACACCUCCCCAACACCCACAAACCACAACCGAGCGGCCAACUCCAGCGGCGACUUCACGCCAGACAUGAAGCAGCGAUCCGCUCCAGCUCCAACAACACCGGUAACCGCACCACCUGCAACAGAAUACCCAGCAAUGGCGCAAACCACACAGCACGCCACAAAGCUCUCCGCACCCCCCGCAAAACGCACCUCGCGCGUGCGCUCCCGCCCGCGCCCUCUUUCCGACCCUUCCGUCGACGACGGUCUCGGCCCCGUCUUCCCUGUCUCGCCGCUAAGCUCGGAAGGCGACGGCCCAUAUAGGAGUGGCAGCACACGCACGGACCGACGCCCGUCGCCACUAAGCUACGAGGGCGGGGGCGGUACAGUCCCCCGCUCCACAUCAGCGCGGCUAUCGCUCGCGCGCCAGCAGAGUCUUAACGGUGGACAACGGGCGCAUCUCGUACGCGUGGGCAGUCAGCGGAGUCUGGAGAGGGAAAGACAUGGCGGCGGUAGUAGUGGGCAUUUGGCUGCGUCGGGACAAGGACAGGGGCACGGCGAGGGGUUGACUAGGUUGUACUCGUUUACGACGGAUACGAGCGAGAAUGGGAAUUCGACGGGCAGUGGUGAUGCGCAGCCGCAGCAAAGUUAUAGUUAUCUACAGCCGCGGCCGCUGGUCAAGUACGCGGUCUCGAGUAAUACCGGCAAUUCCUCGCCCGGAUUACAGGUCCAGGCGCCGGUCCCGAGGAGGCCGGUUGGCCCGUAUUAUUUUGAGAAGGGGGAUAAUUAUUAGUAGCGACUAUGUGGCAACUGGAAUUGUCGGGGUGGUUGUUGGGGAUGGUGAUAUGAUAAUGAUGGGGAUAAGGGGGGGUGAGAGCUCAUCUUGGCGCUGUUACGGGGCGUGCUGGCUAGAAGAGCGCUCUGGUUGGCGUCUAGGAGCUUUAUAUCCGCCGAGCUGUCGGCGCUUGCGAUAUCUACUUUGUAAAUACCUGGUCUCGAACAUG